UUGGGAAUUCUGUUGUUGGUUCUAUUGAAAGUGGAACCUUCCGGACAUCCGGUGUGGGGUUGAUAACAGAAAAUUUGGUUAACUGUAACCUGCAAAGUUGGGUGAAUAAUUUUCCUGAGAUUUCUUCUAGAGCAAUGGUCAGUGCCGAGGUACAUGCACUGCAUUUGGUCUGAACGGUCGCUGCUCAGAUAUUCACACUACACCAAAUGUUGCUUUAGAAUGGAGCUCAUCUAAGUAUGCAACUCCUUAUAUGAGUGGGUGUCCUCGUGUGUUCUGCAUGGGAAAAAGUGGCCAGCUUCUUCUUAGCCAUACAGGGCUUCUUGGUGUUGUUUGCUCAUGCCAUUGUUCCCACAUGUCUGUUCUUAAGUUUUGUGAGCAUUCAGGUUUACAUGGCGGUGAUCCAGGGGAUGCUGUUUGUAUGGAGAGUGGGGAGACCAUUUCACAAUGGCGGAAGCUUUACUUUUUGAAGUUUGGGAUGCAGACCUCAGCAGGGGGGAGGGAUUACAGAAUAAUUUUAGCUAUGCUUCUGCUUCAUUCAAAAUGGUUGAAGAAUUGCCUCAGCUUAAACCCAAGAACUAUAUGUCAGCGGUGAGUAAGGCUUCUGUUAAAGCUAGAUCAGAGACACAAAAUGUGGCUAAGGGUGUAUCAUUUUCACCAUUUUUGCAAGUUGAUGUACCUGGAAGAAAGACACAAGCUAGUGAAAAUUUGUGGGUUGAUGACAGCCCUAACAUGCCUAAGAAACUAUAUUCUGAUUAUGGUCACACAGGAAGGCAAUCAAAUAAAUCUGUCGUAGGGACCAAUAAAUAUUUGGAAAAUGAUAUAGGGGUGAGCUUUGCCAAAGAUUCUGGUGGCAAAAAAAAUCUGGGAUUUGGAAUUGGUCAGUUAGUGGAAUAUCCAAGCUCCAUCAUGAGAUCUGUUGGUGGUUAUGAUAGUUGUAUUUCAGUUGUUCACGAAAAGAUGCAUGAAGCAAAUUUUGAAUCUAGCUUGCCAUCAGAUACAUCUGUUCGUGCAAAUAUUUUGCAUGGUUCACACAAUACGUCUUCUCAUGGGCUAGAAAAUUAUGUGAAUCCUCAGACCUCCAUUCCAUUUAAAGAGAUUUUGAAAGCCCCCCCGUAUCAUGUUUCAGUUUCUGUGUCAAAUCAGACUCCGACUUUGCCACAGCAGCAGGCCAUUAAUAUGGAUGCUUAUUUUGUUGAUGAAAACACGAGGUUGCUUGCUAUGACACAGAUACCAGAGUUAUCUAAGCAACAUCAUGCAUUGCAUUUUAAUAUGAAUCAGAAGCAAGGGGGAUCCAGCAGUAUUUUGAAAGUUCAGCAUUAUACUUGUGAGGCUUCAACAUCUGAACAGGGAAGCUCUUGUGCAACAUUGAAAUUGCCUCAGAGUAGUUGGAUAUUUGGGAAUCAUGAGAAUACUGUGGGUUUAGAGAAGUUGCCUUCCCUCACAGGUAUGAACGGAUAUUAUCAUUUGUCUGACCUGUCACCAACACCUUUACAUUCUAAAGAAAAGGAAUCGCAAUGUAAACAUUCUUCCGAUCUUCAAAAUGAAGAGACUUCUUUAAGCCUUGGUAUAAGCAAAGACAAUAUCAGAUCCAGUGCAUUUGAAAAAUACUCUGAGCAACCGUCAAAUAUAUGUGUGGAAGGAAAGUAUCCUUGUGCUGCUCUGAUAAACUGUUGCCAACCCCUUUGUAAGAACAUAGGGCAACAAUUUGCUGAUGUCAGUGGUGAAACUUCUUUGAAGAUGCCUUCAGAUUUGUGUAGAAAUCUGAAUAUUUCGAAAAAUGGAAAUAUCCACUUUGAGCAAGGUGGGAAGAUACUUGGCCAAGACUCAACCAUAAUUGGCUUUCAUACUCCUCAAUGGAGAGAUGUGCCCAGUAAGGUCAGGAAAGCAGUUUGUGAUGCAACAUCUUUAGAUCAAACAUCUAAUGGUUUGGAUAAGGAAGGACAAGAAGGUUUUCAAUUUGGAAACAUUUCCGCAAAACGCUCCAAAAGAACCACUGAUAUGGGAGACCUGUCAGAAGAGAAAGAAAAUUCUAAUGUUUCUUCUGGAUGCUCUGCUCCUGUGAUUACUCAGGCCUCUGUGAUGGUGAACAAAAUUGAUUACUGUACUGAUGAUGCUAUAGACACUGGCUUUGUCAACAACCUCGUAGUUGAUGAAGGGUCAGGUAUUGAUCAAGGCUCCAUGUCAGAUUUGGUUGAAAGUGAAAGAACUGAUGAGUCUCUAGGCUUGAUCUCUGGGAAUUAUUUGAAAAAUGGUUGUUCGAGAGUGUUGAAUGAUGAAUCAUGUUGUGAUCUACUUGAUGAUCUUAAACUGUUAGAUUCCUCAAUAUGGAAGAAAGAAAGGAAUCAAAAUCAUUUUGUGCUUUCUGCUAAUUGUAAAACCAAUCAAUCUCAAAAAGUCAAGAGGGGCAUCAAAGGAAGAAAGUGAAAGAGAAAUGUGGUGACGAUUCUAGAUGCUUCAUUAUCUUCCGAAUUCACUUCCUUGUUGCACAAUAAGAAUAAUGAAGAUGCUGAGAUUUUUAAUUCCUCUUGUUUGUCAAAAGAAAUGGAACUGCAUUCUCUGCCUAGCCUGCAGAAAUCAUUUAACAAGUCUUCCUUUGUUCAGCCUUGUAACAAACGAAUACAGUCUGCAUUUGAAUCCAAAAUUGUUUCCUGUAAGAAUCGUCUAAGAAA